GGGCGCUGCCGGCAGCCAUUACCGGGGAGCGCGGAGCCGCCGCCGCCGCCUCGCCGAGCUCCGCGGCUCCGCCGCCGGCACGGAGAGAGGCCGCCAUGGCGGCGUAGCCUCCCCUCAGCCCGUCCCUUCCUCCCCGCCGCGGGCGCUGAAGGCGCGGCGGCGGCGCGGCCUAGCGCGGAGGGGCGGAUCCCCGGCCUCGCGUAGCGGCUGCUGCCCGCCGAGGGCCGCCCUCCCCGGGGCCAUGUCCCUCGUGGCCUACGCCAGCAGCGAGGAGGACAGCGAUGCAGAAGAGCCCGCGGCCGAGGAGGAGGAAGCUCCCGCUUCCCCUCCGGCCGCAGAAGAGCAGCCCCCGGCCCGGGGGGGGCUUUUCGCCGCGCUGCCCCCGCCCAGAGCCCCCGCGGUGCCCCCGCCGUUCCUCAUGGGCCCCCCGCCCGCCGUGAGGGGCUUCGCCAGCGCCGCGCCGGGCCAGGCCGGGGCUGAGAGCCCCCCCGAGCCGGCCGACAGCGGGGACGGGGCCGCGGAGCCCCCCAGGCCGAGGGGCCUCCUCCUGCCGCCCCCCAGGAACGCGGCGGCCGCCGCCUCCCCCCCCGGCCCGGCCGCCCCCGGCGCGGGUUUGGGCCUCCCCAAGCCAAAGAAGAGGACGGAGCCGGUGCGGAUCGCGGCGCCCGAGUUGCAGAAGGGAGAUUCAGAUUCAGAGGAAGAUGAACCAGCAAAGAAGAAAAAUACUCUUCAGGGACGCGGCGAGGGCUCCGGCUUGUCCGCUCUGCUUCCUCAGCCCAAAAAUCUGACAGUGAAAGAGACCAACCGGUUACUCCUGCCCUACGCCUUCUCCAGGAAGGCAGGAGAGAACUCCGACUCCAAGCCCGCCAAGGCCCCGACCUCUUCCUCCUCCAAAGCCAAACCCGCGUCCAAGCCGGCCGUGCCCACCACUCCGUCCCCGUCGGCCAUCAAAGCCGCGGCCAAGAGCGCGGCGCUGCAGGUAACCAAGCAGAUCACGCAGGAGGAGGAGGACAGCGACGAGGAGCUGGAGCCAGAGAACUACUUCUCCUUGUCCGACAGGAGCGAGCCCAGCGCCGCGGCCGCCGAGCCCUACCUGUACCCCGGCACGGUGGGCGCGGAGGACCCACCGCCCGGCACAGAGCCGGAGCCCCAGUUCCAGGACGCGGCCGCCAACGCCCCUCUGGAGUUCAAGACGGGCGCGGGCUCGAGCGGGGCUCAGCACAGCUGGGCACCCAAACCCGGCGAGGACUACGGCAGCCACCCCUACGGCCAGUUCCCCCCUGCCUACGGCGAGCCCGGCGGCUACUACCAGGAUUACUACAGCAGCGGGUACUACCCGGAGGUGGAACCAGCCCAGGCACCGCCGCAGGAGACGAGCACCGACUCCUCCUUCAUCGACGACGAAGCGUUCAAGCGUCUGCAAGGCAAGCGGAAUCGGGGGAGGGAGGAGAUCAACUUUGUGGAUAUCAAAGGUGAUGACCAGCUGAGCGGGGCCCAGCAGUGGCUGACCAAGUCCCUGACGGAGGAGAAGACCAUGAAGUCCUUCAGCAAGAAAAAAGGAGAUCAGCCCACGGGACAGCAAAGGAGAAAACACCAGAUCACAUACCUGAUCCAUCAGGCCAAGGAGAGAGAGCUGGAACUGAAAAACACAUGGUCUGAAAACAAGCUCAGCAGACGGCAGACUCAAGCCAAAUACGGAUUCUGACACAUCUGUCCCACUUUCUGGCUGGCGUCGCGCGUGACCCGCAGUGUCCGACGUCUCCCGGGAGAUGAGCCGGGCCCCGCGCAGGACGGGGCUGCUCGGCGGGAGGGAGGACGCUGAGCUGCCUUGCCUGGCAGGAGGAAGGUUCACUGCAAGCCAGUCCUGAUGAAACUCCACCUGUAAUCCUUCCCUUCCCUCCUUGUAAACGAUAACGUGGAAGGUUCUGACCAACCGAGGACGGUCCCGAGGUGCCGCAGGGAAUGUGCCGGGAGCGAGGCUGGAGCUCCUGUCCCGUGGGAGCAGGGGCUGCUCCUCCUGCUGCCAGACCCUCCGGCAGAGGCUCAAUAAACUCCCAAUUCCCACUUUGCUCUCCUGGACUCGCUGUGCAUUGAGGGUGUCGUUUUUCUUUCUAAGAGACGGUGAGUUCCAAGAGCAAGCCUGGCUUUGGAUUUUUUAUUUUGUCCUUAUCUUUGAGACAUCCUCAUGGCUGCUUCCUCAUGUCUGAGCCACUCCAGCUCUCCUCUCCUGCUGAUGAUUUUGGCAUCCUGGUUUUUAAGUUGGUGUCCACAGCCUGAGCCACGCUGAGGGGACGCCCCAGUGCAGGACAGUCUGUGAGGCUCUCCUGCCUGGCACACUCAGGGCUUUGGGAUACCCUGAGCCAUGUGUGUAUGUAUAUUGUCCUUCCUUUUUCCCCCUUCUUUCCUCCUCCCCCUACAGUGGUGCCCCAGGCUGUUCCCAGACUCAUCAAACUGAGUGUCCCAGUGUCCUGCUGGGAGUGAGCUCGGCAGUGUUUCCUCUGGGCACACACAGAGGAGAGCUGCCAACUACAUUUUUUUUUCCCCAGCUUGUUUGUAUCAGUUCUGUUCCAAUUAAGUGCUGACUUUAUCCUCCUGGGUGGGAAGAGGAGACCAUGUCCAGCCCUAACUUCUUAAAAUUAAACCUUUUUUUUAUUUAAGGAAUUCCAUCAAGGUGAUGCAACUCCAAAUCCUGUGCAGCCCUGCUGGCCUAAUCCAUGGAUCCAGAUCUCUGUGGCAUCACUUUGUUGUUCACCAAACCGUGUGAUGCUGAGGGGAGCAGAGAGCUGGUCUGGUUAUUUAACUUACAUUCCCACCACUCUGGGUUAUACUUGUAACCACAGCUGAAACGGCCAAUAUUUGUUUUUCCAGUAAGAAAAACUCCCGAGAGGGGUUUUUUCUCCCAUGUUGUCUGUUAAAAACAAGGAAACCCCCUAUGACUGAAGUCUUUUCUUAGAACACUUUAAACUAAUCUCAUUUCUAGUUUAGUUCCCUGGAUGUUUAGUACUUUGCAAAGCCCGUUUUGAGUAUUUGAAUGAUCAGAAUAAAGUUACUGUUGAGUAAUUUAUUCAUAUCUUGUAUGUACAGCGAAAUCCUCCCAGAAGAGGUUUGAUAAAGGAAUAAACUUUUGAAUGAA